AACAAACCCAAGGAUGGAGGAGCGGGAGUGCGCAGGCGCGGGCCAGAGCGCCUUCCCCUCUCCGGUCAUUUGCGCUCCCUGUACGUUCCCGCAGGGCUAACGCGCGGCGGCCGCUGCUGGUUGCCGUGGCGACAGAAAGCGCGGGAAUUACGGAUAAAUUGAAACUGCGAUUGCGCGGAGUGAGUUCUCAGGGGCUUUCGAGACAGAACACAGCUGGCGUUCUGGUCAGAUACCUGCGACCCCCGGCGUGGGGAACCCCGACGUUCUGCGCGGGGUGAAGCUGGAGACUCUGGGGAACGGGAGAGUUAAAUGGAACAUAAAGAAAUGGAUGUAUCAGCGGUUCGAGUUGAAGUACAAAAUGUCCUUAAUGCUAUGCAGAAAGUCUUGGAGUGUCCAAUUUGUCUGGAAUUGAUAAAAGAACCUGUUUCCACAAAAUGUGACCACAUAUUUUGCAAAUUCUGUAUGCUGAAAUUUCUCGACCAGAAGAAAGGACUUUCGCAGUGUCCUCUGUGUAAGAGCAGCAUAACCAAAAGAAGCCUGCAGGAGAGCACACGGUUCGGCCAGCUGGUUGAAGAGCUGCAGAAAACCAUCCACGCUUUCGAGCUGGACUGCAGCUCGCAGGUUGAAAACAGUGAUAGCUUGUCAAAAAAGCAAAGUAGUUCUCCUGAACGUGUAAAGGAGGAGAUUUCCAUCAUCCAGAGCAUGGGCUACCGAAACCGUGCUAAAAGGCUUCGGCAGAGUGAGCCCGGAAGCCCUGCUGUGCAGGAAGCUGGCCUGGGGGCCCCGCUAUCUGACCUUGCCAUCUCCAGGCCUCGGAAGAUCCAGCAGCAAGUGCAGCCUCCAAGUAAAUCUGUCUACAUUGAACUGGGGUCAGAUUCCUCUGAAGACUCAGUUACCAAGUCGUAUCACUGCAGUGUGAGGGACCAAGAAGAAUUGUUAUUCUUCACUCCGCAAGCUGCCAAGGCUGAAGCCGGCUCAGAUUCUGCAAAGCAGAGUGAUGCUGCCUGCAAGGUUCCUGAGAAGAGCAUUGCAGAAACCCACUGUCUGCAGCCCGGCUGUGUUUCAGACCCGUGUGUGGAGCUAUGUGGCACCAAGACACGAGCCAGCUCGUUACCCACCAAAGACUGCACGGGUACAGAAAAGGCUGAAGCCUGUGAUGAAAGCAGACAGCCUAGGCGUGCGGGCAACUGCGUUGGCGGAGGGGCUCCCAGCACAGAGAGUGCAGGGAAGCAGCAUGAGCAGAACCUGCCACACUCAGAGGCUCUUGGAGAGGCCCAGGAUAUCUCUUGGGUCACCCUAAAUAGCAGCAUUCAGAAAGUGAACGAGUGGUUUUCCAGGAGUGACGACACAGUGACAUCCAACCAUGCCUGCGACAGGAAGUCUGAAUCUGAUGCUGAGGAAACCGGCGCACUCAAAGCCCCAGAAGAAUCAGAGGGCUUGCCUGUCUCUUCCAUGAAAAUUGACUCACUGGCCAGUGAUGCUCAGGGAACUGCAGCCCACGCUGGCAGGAGAGCCUGCUUCAAAAGGGCAAAGGGCAAUGUACAAGAUCAGGUGUUCGGGAAAACCUACAGGCGGAAGAUGGGCUCCCCCAGCAUGGGCCUUGCGCCUGGGAAUCAAGUCAUGCCCACCCUCACUACUGCAGCACCAGUGACACCAGAGCGGCCUCUCUGCAAGCAAGUAAAGCGGAGCAGGAGAUCCACACCUUGCCUUCGCCCUGAGGAUUUUAUCAAGCAAGCUGACCUGGCAAUUGCUCAAGAGACUUCUGAGAAGAUACUCCCUGGAACAGGGCAGAUGGCAGAGAGCAGUCAGGUGACGAAUAUCCCUAAAGGCAGUUGUGAGGACAACACAGAGGGAGGUGAUGUUCAGAGGCAGCAGGAUCCUGACUCAGAGCAGUCCCUGGAGAAUGAGUCCGCUUCCAGCACCAGGGCAGAGCCCGUGAACAGCACGGGGCCGGAGCCCAGCACAAGCUGUUCACAGGCUCCCCAGGAAGACAGGCUGGGGCACAGGUCCUCAGCCAGCCGUGUGCCCCGCCCUGGCCCGCCGGAUCUCACUGAGCUGCAGACUGGUAAUCCUGCCAGCAGGGAGGAGACAAUGGCAAAAGGCUCCCAGCAAGUGCCAGGCAGGUGCAGCAGAAAGCUGCUCAUCUCAGGGCACCUGGAAACUUCCAUUGGAACCAAGGAAAGUAAGAAGCCAUGCGAACAGGGAAGGGAGAGACCAGCCGAGGCAGCCAACCCCACACCGAAGUCAGCCAACAUGCCCAGCUCGCCUGCUAGCACUUCAAGCCCUGCUCAACUUAAAGGAUUCGUCAGUCCAGGCCCACAGAAAAAGGAGGCAGAAGAGGACCCAGCAGCAGUCCAAGUGCCUGGCAGCCCCAGAGACCCCAAAGGUCCGGGGUUAGGCAGAGAAAAGGGCUUGCAAACUGUGCGGUCCACGGGGAGCACCAGCGGCUUGCUGGUCCCCGAUACUGACUGCGGCUUGCAGGGCAGCACCUCCUUGCUGGUGGACAUGGACCGGGGGCUGGUGUGGGGGGUGGCGCAACGGUGCAUGGCUCCAAAGAUGGUGGUCACAGAGCCUCAGGAGCUUCCACCUGAUGCCAGAGGUUGCACAGAAGGUUCCAGGGUUCCACUGAGCCUCAAAGUGAGCCACAUCCAGGAGGUGGUGAGUGACAUGGAAGACAGUGAGCUGGACACUCAGUAUCUGCAGGACACGUUCCAGGCUUCCAGGCGUAGGUCAUUUGCUCUGUUUUCAAAUUUAGGAAACCCGGAGAAGGGGCCCACAAAGGCCCCUGCCUGCUCCGAGUCCCUGAAGAAACAAAGCCCAGGAGUCACGGAGUGUGAGCAAAUGGAAGGUGUGGACAGGCAGGGCAGAGCCGUACGUACAGGGUCUGGGGCCCCACGCAGCGUCCACUGGGCCUCACAGCUCUGCCCAUCAGCUCAGGCUGGAGGCAACGAAACUGAGCCCCUGGCCACCGACACACUUGGAAUCCCUCGAAACCCGCAUCAGGAGCCGUCAGUGUCUGCUGUCGGGAAGGCCCGUUCUACAUCACCCGAGGAGGAGGAGAGUGGGAGCCAGAGCAUCCUCCAGGGCACGCCCAGCCCCGGGCACCACGCUCCACAGGAAGCUGGCUUGGGCUUGGGCUCGGGCUCGGGCUCGGGCUCGGGCUCGGGCUCCGGUCCUAACGAAGUGGGCUCCAGCGGCGGGCAUGGCCCAGCAGCCCUCGGGAGACCCAGGGCGCCCGAGCUGGAUGUGGUGCUCAGGUCAGGGCUGCUGCAGCCUGAGACCUGCAGGCAGGGUCUGCCCGGGGACCACUGCCAGCAACCAGAAGCACAGAAGCCCGGGGCAAGUGCAGCCUUAUCCCCGGCUGCCUGCACAGGUUUCCCUCCUGGUCCCAUCGUGGAGAACGUGGCACUGCCUGUGGGAAGGAGUCCUGCUUCUCAGGUCUGUUCCGAGACGCCCGAUGACCUGUUAGAUGAGGACAGAAGGGACGAUACCAGCUUCGCUGAGGAUGACGUGAAGGAAACGUCUGCUGUUUUUGGCAGAGGUGUCCAGAGAAGACAGUUGAGCAGGAGCCCCAGCCCUCUGACCCGUAGGGCUUUGGCCCAGGGUCACCGAAGAAGGGCACAGAAGCUGGAGUUCUCACAGGAGAACGUGUCCAGCGAAGAUGAAGAGCUCCCCUGUUUCCAGCACCUGCUGUUCACGAAGGGCACCAGGACUCCCCAGUCCACCAGGCCCAGCACUCUUGCGAUGGAGCAUGUGUUCAAAGGAACAGAAGGGAGCGUGAUGGAGCACGUGUUCAAAGGAACAGAAGGGAGCGUGAGGUCGAUGCAGACCAGCUCCUGUGACUGCACUCUCGAGCCAGCAGCCCUGGUGGUAGCAGCAAAGGCAUCCCCAGAACCCCAGCUAGACGGGGACAUCAGAUGCUCAGGCAGUUUGUUUUCGUCCCAGUGUAGCGCCCCAGAGGACUCUGCCGCCAACACAGACUCACAGGACCCCUUCCUGAUGUCGCACCCCCCUGCCGAGCUCGUGGGGCAUUGCUCUAGGAGCCAGGGGGUCAUCCUGAGUCACAGGGACGCGGUUUUUGAUGAUGAAGAUGGGGAGGCUGGCCUUGAAGGAGACAGUCACCGCACAGGGCGGAGCACGCGGUCACACUCAGAUGAGGCAGCGUCUGGGUAUGAGAGCGAGACGAACCACUCAGACGCCUGUUCGGGGCUGUCCUCGCAAAGCAGCAUCCUGACCACCCAGCAGAAGGACACCAUCCAGGACAACCUCCUGAGGCUGCAGCAGGAGAUGGCCCACCUGGAAGCCGUGCUGGAGCAGCAUGGGAGCCCACACUCAGACAGCUCCGCCUCUGUUGUGCCUGACUCCUGCCCCUCUGAGCAGCUGCCAGCCCUGGGACCACACGUGCUGGGCAGAGCAGGAUUAGCCUCAGAGGGAAGUAACAAACACCUUGUGGGCCACAGCCCCAAGGCCCUUUCUGCUGACAAGCACCCUGCGUCUCCACACUGUCCCACCCAUGAAGACGAGGAGCCAGGAGCCAAAAGGGCAUCCCCUCCCGGGUCUUCCGUGGCCAAUGGCAGGUGGUCUGUGCGCAGCCAGCCCAGGAGGCUGCAGGACAGAGGCCGCCCGGCUCCGGAGCAGCUGGCUGAGGCUGUGUGUGUUGAGGAGGGACUGGGAGUGUUGGGGCCGCACAGUCCAAUGGCACCAGCAUGUCUGCCACGUCAGAAGCCAGUGGGCACCUCUGACCUGGAAUCCGGAACCAGCCUCUUCCCAGACAGCCCUGAACCCACAUCCGCCAAAGAUGGAGCUCCCUUGGCAUGGAAAUUAUUCCAGGGCCAGGUUGCUUGGAGCCCAGCUGCUGUUCAGGCCCCUGACCCUGCCGGGGGAGCCUCAAGGGAAGAAGACGUGAGCACUGGACUGGUCCCCAGGAGAGUGUCCCUGGUGGUAUCAGGCCUGAGUGCCAGGGAGUCGAUGCUGGUGCAGAAGUUUGCUAGGAAACACUGCAUGGCACUGACCAGUGCGGUCACUGAAGAGACCACGCACGUGGUCAUGAAGACAGACACCGACCUUGUGUGCAAGCGGACGCUGAAGUACUUCCUGGGCAUCGCGGGAGGAAGAUGGGUGGUUAGCUAUCUCUGGGUGACCCAGUCGAUGAAGGCGGGCAGGGUACUGGAUGAGCAUGACUUCGAAGUCAGAGGAGACGUGAUCAACGGAAGGAGCCAUCAAGGUCCAAGGCGUGCAAGGGAGUCCCAGGACAGGCAGAUCUUCAGAGGCCUGGAUGUCUACUGCUAUGGGCCCUUCACCAACAUGCCCACAGAUCAGCUUGAGUGGAUGCUGCAGCUGUGCGGGGCAACUGUGGUCAAGGAGCUGUCGUUGCUGCCUCUCGGCACCGCAGCUCGCUCCAUUGUGGUCACGCAGCCGGACGCCUGGACAGAGGAUGGCAGCUUCCCGGCCCUAGGCCAGCUGUGCCAGGUACCUGUGGUGACCAGAGAGUGGGUGCUGGACAGCGUGGCCCUCUACCAGUGCCAGGAGCUGGCUGCCUAUCUCAUUCCACAUGGCCCUCACAGACCCCGCUGACUGCAGCCACCCGCAGGCCUGGGCCACAGGACCCGGAGAACGCACGUCAGAAGCAGCCUUGUCCAGGCACAGUGUUGUGUUGCGUGCCUGUCAUCCCAGACCUGUCUGUGAGGCUGAGGCAGGAGGAUUGCAAGUAUCCAGGCAACUCAGCAAGACACUGUCAAAAAAUAAAAGGGAAAAAUAAAAAAAUUAAAAAUUUUUUUAAAAAAAGGCAGGGGCCAGGGUGCAGGUCAGUGCAAAGGCUCCGGGUUUCCCUGGACUGAGGAAUGGGCGGGUGGGGCUCCACAGGCUGGGAGUGCCCUAUAUUCCUUCUGCAGUCCUGUGUCCACACAGCUUCUGUGCAGAAAAGCCUGGGAAGGGCUUGGGCCCCCAGGUUUCCCGCUCAGGGUUGCCUUUGGGCUCUGCAGAGCUGUGUGAUUUCUGGCUAAGCCUGCCGAUGUGCAGGAGGCAGGUUCCUUCAUUGUCCUCGGCUGAGGCAGAGCCGCUGGGACCUGUAAUGGGGCCUGAAGCUGAGGCAGAUGUGGAAGUGAAGCCUUGGGGAGAUAAGGCACAGAACUGAAUGUGGGGCUCAGGUAGUUAGGGAUCUUGGAAUCUGAUGCAGGAGCUGUCCAACACCUCCCACCUUGGCACCAGUGUCCAGAGUGGUCUGCAAUCCCCAUGUCUGCUAGCCUUCACCUGUGGUGCCAGGAGCAGGUGUACCAGGGCCGAGGGGUGAGCCCGGGAGGGGCUGGAGCUCCCUGAGGUAGUUCCUUCCCCCUUGCUGAGUGCUACAGCUCCAUAAACAAUUUUGCUGAAGGAAAAGGAGGUUUUCAUAAACUACCCAGGACUGGUCCUGGCUAUGGAACACAUUGGGUCCUUCAUAGUUCUGGUGCACAGCCCGGACCUGAAGGUGCAAAACGUGUGUAAAUGCUGUGUUGUUAACUCUGCGAAUAAACUUGGUAGCAGACACUGCAACCAAGAA